CAAUCCACCCAUAACAUGCACACAUGUACAAGCUCAGUCUCCUACACACAUGUGAACACAGAGUUACAGUAACAGACUAACAGUCAGAACAGCCUUACAGUUCAACAGACGUUAACAGGGGAGGAAACGGUGUGGACGACUGUGGACGGCAGUGAGUUUAGUGACCCACAGUGCAUAUGCACUGAGGUAAAGGAACGACAUGACAGCCUUUCUCCUUCUUGUCAUCCUCAGUGAGGUUCUGCUUCCCAACCUCACAUGCGCAUCCAGAGUGCGCAGGCAGAACACUAAGGUUCGGAUCAGUUCUGCAGGAGACACUAUAAUGCUUAAGUUCUUGCAGUCAGACCAGGACACUAAGCUGGAGGGUUACAUCGUGGGCUAUGGUAGCAACAUGUUCUCCAAGCAGUUUAUCCAGCUCCCUGAGAACGGAGAACCAUAUGAGACUGUAAUUGAUGCUGAGCCUAAAUAUCUUAUUGCAGUGCAGCCCAUUAUUGAAGACGAGGUAAAGAAAGAGUGUGCAGAGCAGGACAUUCUAAACAAGCCACUGCAUUUAGUGAUUGGCUCUGUGACCCCCACCUCUGUUUUGUUGUCCUGGGGCACCAUCCUCAGACCUCCAUAUACUGAUGCUAACCUGGUGGACUGCAGUGAUGACAGUCAGUACACAGUGCGAUAUAAGGAGAAGGAGUCCAGCGACAACUGGAGCUAUCAGACAUGUCCAACCACAGAUACAGUCAUUGAAAAGCUCAAUCUCGACACAACCUAUGAGUUUGGGGUUCGAGCAGAGACCGACACCAUCAGUGGAACCUGGAGUCCUCCAGUAACACACAACACAGACAUUAUUAAACCAGUGAGUCCUGUGAUCCAGACCAGUUCUCCAGAGCCAACCACUGAAGAACCUCACCCCACCGAAGCUUACGUACAACCCUUGCAAAUUCUGCAAAAUGUCACCUCGAGCAGAAUGACUCCCACCUCCAGACACACAACAUCUUUUCCUACACCAAAGACAACUUUAGGACCAGAAAGUGAUGGCAUAGCAUCCUCCCCUUCUUCUGAAGAUUUUUUGUUUUUGACUCACACCUAUACUCACCCCCCAAUGAGUAUGCCGCCUUCAAAAACUACCAACAUUUUUCAACCCAAAUCUGUAACUACAACACAGCAACAAUUUUUUACAACCCUCCUCCAACUAACCACAAACAAGACUCCAGUGAGCACCACCAAAACCCAAUCCAGCAAAAACAAAAUAUUAUCUAGCACAGGCAAAGCACCACUCAACACAGAACGACCACUCAAGAGACUGAGAACAACUGCAAUCCACAGUGCAGCUCAUCAUCAACCUGAGACUAGUACAACCCAAGUCCAAUCAACCACGAUAAAAUACCAUCCUAAAGCAACCCAAAAAAACCUUAUAACACCCCAACACCGCACAGUCACAUUACAACCCAUCACUACCCAAUCCCAAACUUACACAACCAAAUCACAAAUUGACACAACACAAUCUCAACCCCAUCCAACCCAACCUAAAGCCCCUACAAUACAAUCUCAACCUCAUCCAACCCAACCUAAAGCCCCUACAAUACAAUCUCAACCCCAUCCAACCCAACCUAAAGCCCCUACAAUACAAUCUCAACCCCAUCCAACCCAAUCUGAAGCCCCUACAACACAAUCUCAACCCCAUCCGACCCAAUCUCAACCCCAUACAACCCAAACUCCCCCGAUUUCAACCGAAUCAAACACAACCCUAUCACUACCCAGCACUAGCAAAACCCAACUCAGAAUGACCCAGCCCACUCCCAGAAAACCUCAAGAGCCAAGCAAGACUCAGUCCAAAAGAAUCCUACAAAAAUCCAGCACAGCUCAACCCCAAAACACCAAAGAAAUAUAUCAACCAGUCACAAACCUACUAACUAAUAUUAUUUUAGAGAACUCAGUCACAAACAUACCAUUAAACCUCUCAAAUACCAAAUCAGACAUACACCAAGAUUUUGAAUCACCCCAUACAACCCCCCAACAUCCACUAGCCCCAUCAAGUACUGAAGCAGGCAUAUUAGAAGACAUGGCAUCAUCUCAUACAACUUCCCAACAUCUACCUCAUAUAGCCACAGAUACACCGAGCCCUACACAGAGGAGGGAUUCAUACUCAACCAGUUCUACUGAAACAAACACAUAUUUAAGGAAUCCGCCUUGCUGCUCCACUACAUUUAAACUUCAACCUGUAGUAGAACAACACUAUCACCCAACAAGUGCUACAAAGUCCCAUUUAAAUACCUCCCCAAAAUCAAACAACAGCCAAAACUCACCUCAGACUGAAAAGACGGUGGUCAACAAGAAGCCCCCAGGCAGCAAACAGGGUAGCUUCAACUCCUCGUACUCUGUGGUGUACCAAUCAGCACCAACAAUAACACAGUCUUCCAGCCCUUUGCAGGAUACACAACCUCCCACAUCACCUGUCAGUUUGAAGUCAGACAGGAAUCAAGACCAAAUCAACUCUACAUCUCCUGCGGUGCAUCCUUCAGUCACUACAGUUAAACAGCGCCAAGACAACACUUUAUCAUCCAUGGUGAGUCCAUCAGCAUCAACAGUGAAACAGCGCCGAGGCAACUCUUCACUACCCCUGGUGCCGCUAUUAGUAGCUGGAGCAAUACAAUCACCACAUGGUGAGAAGCAUAAGGGGAUUGCACAGCCCAAACCAGUAAACGAGCCUCUUGGCAGUCUUGAAUUACAAGGAAAUCCUCUAGUCCCAUUCAAGAAGAAACUAAACCAGGUGGAAAAAGAAAAGGAAGUAAAAACUGGUGAUUUACCUGAUCUGAAGCAACUGGAUCAAUUACCAUUACUGAAACCCCAAGCUACUCCUGUUGCUGAAAAGUCAGUCCAAUCAACGGCAGCACCAACCCCCACACUGUUUACAUCUGAUGGUAGUCGGUUUGACUGGGUUGGAAACUCCUCUGGGUUCAGUUCAGUUCCUGUCUCUGAUGUAGAUGCAAUGGGGAAAAAGCGCUUUGUAGCUCCUCAUGUGAUCUAUAAAACAGACAAGCCUCCAGAUGAGCCAUGUUCCGUCACUCAGUCUCUCAGCUAUUUUCCUGAGGAGGAGGGGGUGGCCAUUAAUGUUACUGGCCCACCCAAGACUCCUCCCACCAACCUGACUGUAGUUACUGUGGAGGGAUGCCCCUCAUUUAUCAUACUCGACUGGGAGAAAACAGACAAUGAAACAACAGAAUAUGAUGUCACAUCUUCUAUUAAAAGCCCAAAUGGAGACGAAGUAUCAGUCGUAACAACCAAUCAGACUCACACAGCUGUGGAGAACUUGAAACCAGAGAGCAGUUACGAGUUCACAGUGAUACCUAAAAACGAGCUGGGUUCAGGACCCCCCAGCGAGCCAGUCAGCUUUAACACUGAGUCAGCUGACCCGCGUGUGAGUGAAAUCCCAACUGGUAAAAAUGCCAUCUGGUCAUCAUUUCCAUUUAAAGCAGACUCUUACUCAGAAUGCACAGGAAAUAUGUAUGUGAAACGCACAUGGUAUCGCAAAUUUGUGGGCAUCCAGCUGUGCAACUCACUCAGAUACAAGAUCUACCUGAGUGAUUCACUCAAAGGAAAGUUUUACAACAUAGGGGACGUUGCUGGCAAUGGAGAGGAUCAUUGUCAAUUUGUUGAUUCCUAUCUGGAUGGACGGACUGGAGGCCCACCGGCAGCGAACCGGUUACCACUCCGAAAGGGCUUUUUCCGAAGCAUACGCCAGGAGCCUGUGAGGUUUGGAAAAAUUGGUGGGAAUUCCCACAUCAAUUACGUGGCCUGGUAUGAGUGUGGAGUGCCCAUACCUGGCUCGUGGUAGAAGGAGUGUUGCAGCUGUCAGAAAACAUCGAUUUAUAACAAUGUAUGUUUUCUAAGAGAUGGCAGUGGGUGCUUCCCAAAAAUCGAAUUGAUGCUUUUUGGCCCAUAAUCAUUUUCCUUCAUUAGGGAUGUAUUCAUUCUUUAAAUUAGUUUAAAAAGAGAAAUGAGUGAGGCUUGCAGAUUGUGGAUACACCAGUGCGUCCUAUUAGAAGCUUUUACUAGUGUGAUGUAAGCCUAUGGUAAAAAGUAUUUCCCUUUGCAAAACAACGUGCAAUCUAAACUUACAAAAAUGUCAGCGUAGAGAUGUAAAAGAUCCUGUAUACAUUUUAAUAUAAACACUUCAUGCGGCAGUGUAAAACUUUGUGGGAUUUGGAGCCCUCUCUGGUAAUAAUAUGUUACUGCAAGAAACAAGCAUUUUAUAGCGUGAGUUGGGCUGCAAAUGCCUUUCUCGUUUAGAACUGCAAGUGGCAGGUCAGUAGAUAUUUUUAUAUAAUUAAAUAAUGUUGCUUCUAGGCUGCUUGCAUAUCUGACCUGACAGUUGUGAUGUAUGUGCAGAUUCAUUAUGAGUCGCUCACUGAUCAAGGAGGUUUCAUUAAACAAACAUAAAACAACAAACAUUGGUUAAUCCCUGAAUUCCUUGACUGCUACAAUGUGAGUAAUGAAAAACAUUACAAAACUAAAUCAGAAGCACACAAUGUGAAAAAAUGUACAGAACUUACAGUGCUAUGUACGCAGUUGUGCAUGUAAUGCUUAUUGUUAUUUAUAUGCAGAAUAGAUAUAUAUAUAUCAGAUAUUUAGAUUAAAUUAAGAAAGGAAUUAUUGAAAGUUAUUGAAAGUAUGGGGUAGCCGGCUCCCUGAACGUUUGAAUCUUGUAUAUUAUUGAAUAAGUUUUAAACACAUAAUGCAUUAUACAAAACACUCAUUAUGCAAUAGAAUUGUUUGCAUUAGGAACAUUUAUCUGGUUUGUACAUUCAUUGUUUUUAGCUACACCAACCAUACCGCUAAAAUUUGUGGGUAUACAAUUACUAACUGUAGUCCAUCUAUUUCUCUGUACACUUGUCACCCCCCUGUAUGCCAUGUAGCAAUCAAAAGGGACCCCCACUGACCAGAUGAUGAGUAGUGGAUCAUUCCCAGCACUGCAACAUGAUAACAUGGUAAUAGUAUUGUAGUGUAUGUUAUUCUGGUGUAUCAUGUGCAGCAGUGUUGUUGGGAUUUUGGCCUCUUUAUUAGAGAGGCAUUUACUGUUUACUGUUGGCAUUUAUAGUAGAUGUACAGUCCUUGCUCUAGUAUUUUGUUGAUGUACACUUUACAAUCACCGGAUAAUGUUGGCUUUAUAUUUUGGUUGGAGUGUUAUUCUCCUCCCAACUAAAGAACAUGCAAUCAGUGCGAGUCCCUUUCAAAUAAUAAAUUGGAUACAGUUAGUAACUGUAUACCCACAAAUUUGACCUGUGCGCUAGGUGUAGCUUCUAAAAUAAUUAUGAACGUACACACCAGAUAGACGUACCCAAUAAAGUGCUUGGUGAGCGUGAAGAUUUUUGGCUUUAUAAACACAUAUUACAAUACAUAAAGAAAGUGUAUGUCAAGCUGCUCAGUAAAUUAAUCCAUACAAAUAUAGAGAGACAUAGCAAGAAAGAUACAUGGCUAAUCAUCUACCAAGUCUUUUCACCAGCUUGUAAUUUACUGUUGGGGAUUUUACAAUCUGAUUUUAUAGACAUGUUUUGAACAGUGUUUAAAUGUAUUUUUGGUUUUCAGUUGCAAAUGCUACAAAACAUAUUGCUUUUAUAGCAGAACAUUCUUUGUGGUUUCUUUGUAAACUCGCAAAAGGAAAUAAACAUACUUUUUUAGUUCUUAUUUUCCAGA